AUGGCCAUACAGCCCGAAGCGUCCUAUGGGACGCGUUCGCGUAAUCGAACCAGCACGCGACCAAACUACGCCGAAGACCAGGAGAUGGACUUUGAAUACUCCUCCUCGGCCGCGACCACUGGCAAAAAGAAAGCCAGCGAGACUUCUUCUUCUGCUACUAAUACCCUCACCCAGGCCUCUGACACGAAACGCGCUCCCGAGGUCACGUCCUUUCAGGCAAUCAACGGCCACGGUGGCAGCGUCGCUGGCGCUGGCGGAAAAGAUUCGAGCGCAUCUACGCCCACCGCCACCACUACAGGCACAUCAAAGAAGCGCAAGGCUGCUGGCCAUGCCGCCGCAGCGCUUCAGGCUACUACUGCAUCAGCGACGCCUCCCCCUGUCGCUGCACGAAAGCCGGCUGCACCGGCAGGCCUAUCCAGCCAAGCACGCGAAACCAAUGUCAUGUCAUUCUCCAAGCACCGAGCAUGCCUGAACAAAAAGGGCGAAUUGAUUGCCGAUGACGGGACGAAGUUGAGUGUCAACGAUCACGUGUACCUCGUCUGCGAGCCACCGGGAGACCCGUACUAUGUUUGUCGUAUUAUGGAGUUCCUCCACGUCGACAGCGACGAUCCCACCUCGCCUGUCGACGCCUUGCGCGUCAAUUGGUAUUAUCGCCCACGAGAUGUACAACGUUUCAGCAGCGACACUCGUCUGGUCUACGGCACAAUGCACUCGGAUAUGUGUCCACUUACCUCCCUCCGUGGGAAAUGUGCCAUCAAGCACCGCUCCGAGAUCGAAGACCUGGACGCCUACCGGAAAGAACGAGAUUCUUUCUACUUUGUGCAGGUGUUCGACCGCUUCAUUCGCCGCUCGUACGAAUGUAUACCGGUCAAACAGAUCGUCAAUGUCCCGGACAAAGUCAAGAAGGCGCUCGACGAGCGCUGGAGGUUUGUCGUCGUCGAGAUCGGGCGUGUAAAGGAAUUGACGAGUGCUGCCAAGUCCUGCAAGCGUUGUACGAGGUAUUGUGCAUCAAGUGACUCUGUCGACUGUGCAAUUUGCAAGAUGUCAUAUCACAUGAAUUGUGUACAGCCGCCCUUACCAAAGAAGCCUUCGCGUGGAUUCGCAUGGGCAUGUGGACCUUGUAGCCGAGCAUCGGAACGAGAACACGAAGCGCGUAAUACACCCAACGCCAGCGGUCAUGUCACGGAAGCGGAAGAGGAAGACGCUGCGCAACUAGAAGAUGCCGCAGGACUAUCAAACGAUAUUACUCGAGCACCGAGUCCCAAUGUCGACGAUAUGGUCAUCGACGAGCACCCGGCAACCCAGGCAGAAAUCGCACUUGCGAAAAUGUGGCCAAUGCGAUAUCUCGGCAUUCAUGCCAGGGUUGAGGAUGCUCUGCAGUAUGAUGAUCGUGCUAUCUACCCGCGAGCCAGUUCGCGAUUGGGCCCGAGGCAUCAAGCCAGCGUGAACAUGUGGCAUGGUCGACCCGUGGAGCUCAUCAAACCCGCUGAGAUCAAGAAGCGAUAUAUGAAAGCCGGUGCGCAGAAGAAGGACACAAAAUUCACCAAAGAGACUUUGGCUGCCAUUGAAGCGGAUAAAGAGGAAAAGGCGAAGCGUCCAAAAUGGGUCCAAGAUGAGCCUGUGGGCUAUGUUGCACGGGGUGAAGACUAUGACGCCAAAGACCCAAGGUGCACUGCGACUCCUAUAUUUGUGAUGCCUCCGCUCGACAAGCCACCCAAGCAAGCAGAUGCGAGCGAGCCCGACCCCGUGAAGAGAAACGAGAACUUCGUCAGUGCUUACCUACAGCGAGCCAAACCUCUGGCUAGGAACAUUGGAGUCCCUCCAUUCGGCACGAACUUUCUGGACCGAGCAAUGGAAAUGCUCCUGAACAGCAAAUACAACAUCGAUGCGGCGCUCAAAGCUCUGCAGAAGACCGAUCGCGUGAAAGACCUUCACGAGCCUGUCCUCAGCAAGCAGGAUCUCGUCAAGUUUGAGGAGGGAGUUGCCAAAUAUGGCUCCGAACAUCGGCUGAUCCGCCUUCACAUGAAGACGACGCUGCCUCAUGCCGACAUUGUGCGUUUCUACUACCUCUGGAAAAAGACGCCCAAGGGACGAGAGAUAUGGGGCAACUACGGAGGGCGGAAGAAGAAGAAGGCGGAACCAGCAGGCGAUGCUGGCAGUAAGCUCCAAGCUGAACUGGCCGACGACGUGGACGAUUCGGCCUUUGACUCCGGCAAAGCGGUACGGAAGAAUCGUGGUUUUCAAUGCAAAUUCUGUCACACAACACAUGCGCGACAGUGGAGACGCGCGCCAGGGGUCUCGCCCGGUCAAGUUGCACCACCAGAAAAGGUCGACAAGGGCCAGAAGGUGGACAAGAAAGACCGUCCGCUGCUUGCGUUGUGUCUACGAUGUGCAGGCUUGUGGCGCAAGUAUGCGAUACAGUGGGAGGAAAUUGACGAAGUCACCAAGAAGGUCGGCCAGAACGGCGGGAAAGGCUUGAAGCGGAAGAUUGACGAAGAACUGCUGCGUGAACUGAUAGCCGCGAACGAGGCAGCCGCGCAUCCGCCGGAACCCGAACCACUGACACAGCCUGCCAUCGAUGUUGGAGAGCCCCCAAAGAAGAAAUCGAAGACGAGCAAAGCAGCUGCAGCUGCAGCUGCAGCUGCAGUGGCAGCUGUCGAACCAGUCGAGAAACCCGCUCCGCCGCCUCCACCUCCAAAGGAGCCAACACCACCGCCUCCGCCGAUAAUACCGACGCAGCCGACUUGGAAAGUGCUCCCGUGCGCAGUCUGCAAAGGGUUUGAUCACACGAUUGCCUGUGCCCAUUGCAAGCUGACGGUGCACCGACGCUGCUUUGGCGUAGGCGAGCAUGAAGGUGCGAGACCCAAUGGCGAGGUGCACUGGAUUUGUGAGCAGUGUCAGAACGACCGUAAUCCGAUGGUUUCGACGGACUACUCUUGCUGCCUCUGCCUGACAGAGGAAACGCUCAUCGAUCUGGUCGAGCCACCUCGAGUAUCACACAAGAAGAAGACGGACCGAGAACGAGAGAAGGAGAGGCUGGAGAAGGAGCUCGCUGAUGGCAUGCGUAAUGAGUAUCGCAACAGGCAGCUUGCACACCACCGGCCCACUUUGCCACGCGAGCCGCUGAAACGGACUACGGGCAACAAUUGGGUUCACGUCGCCUGCGGUCUGUGGGCGAACGAGAUCAAGUACAGUGACGCUCAGAAGCUUGAGAUCGCUGAAGGCUUCCAGCUCAUCCCUCAGGCCCGCUUCGAGGCAGUGUGCAAAUUAUGCAAGAACCGGGACCACAAGAGCAAGUUUCGGGAGAACGCAGGGGCGUGCAUCAAUUGCUCUCAAUGCCAAGCUGCGUUUCACGCCUCGUGCGCGUUCGAGGCCAACUACACAUUUGGGUUUGAUGUCCAACCGGUCAAGGGCUCUCGGAAGGACCAGGUGAUCACCGCAACUCUGGGCAACGAGACCGGCUCGCUGAACCCUAUCGUCCUCUGCAAGGAGCACACCUUCAAGGGCGUAUUGCAUCCGAUUGAUGAAUUCUACGAUGAUAUCGGCAAGAAUGCUUUGCAGGUCUACGCCGAGGCAUAUAAGCAGGCUGACCUGACUUUGACGGGGACUGCCCGAAAGGCUGCCGAGGCUCAACUUACUAAGGACAAGAAAGGACAGCAGCCAGUAGCCUCGCAAAGCGCGAACAGGAGAGAAUCCGGUGUACAUGGCAUCGCAGCUGCAGUCCGGCGAGGAGCAAGAACAUCGGCUGCAGCGGAAACUAAGAUCGAGCCUGAAGAUGGUGCGCCCGACCUGGCCACAGUGCCUGAUAUGGAGUCCCGACGAUGCGCUCACUGCGACGUGGACGUGACGCCCAUGUGGCAUCCUUUGUUGCCAGCACCUGCACAGGCGGCGCCCAAGUCUACAGAGCCGGAGAAGCCAGCAGAUGCGCCACAGCCUGCCAAUCCUACGCCGCCGCCAGAAGAUGGCGAGCCACGUCCAGCCACAUCACCUGCACUUCCACCGCUCAUCACCAAGCGCCCCACACCGGCUACCAUUCCUUCGAUCGAGGAGCAGUUCCGAGCCAUCGACAACCCGCCUCAACGACAGACGCCGGUGUUGCCGCCAUCUACACCGAUUAAUGGAAUGUUGGGCCAUGGCAGUAAUGGUCCGUACGGACCUCCUCACCACGUCUAUCCACAGGCAUUCCAUCAACCAAACGGCUAUCACCAGCCUCCACCGGCAGCUUCAAUGGGCGGCAUGCAUAUGCACGAGCGGCAGAACAGUUACGGAAAUUAUGCUUACCACCAGCCUCGGCCAUCUCCAAUCCCGCCUGCGCCACAUUAUGGACCAUCUUUUGCACAGAGCCAUCCUCGACCACCGCUGAACGGGUUCGCACCGCCAGGACAGAACCCAGGCAGUGGCCUGCGAUCGCCUCACCUGGGGCAACCGUCGCCCAAUUAUCCGCCGCCAUCUCAGCACCAUCAACAGAUACCGGGCUCACAGUCACAGCAUGCACCACAACCGCAGCACCCUCCUCCACACCACCCGCAGAACCCUAUGAAUGCUCCUGCACACCAGCAGCAAGCUCAACAACAAUCGCAGCAGCAGCAGCAGCAUCAGUCGCAACCAGUGCAGCCCGCUCAGCAAUCUCAACAAAACCCAGCGACACCAUCGCAGAGUUCUGUCAGGCUAGAAGGCGGAGACGCACCACGGCCUACCACACCUCGAGGCGGGCAGGUGAACGGAAUCACUGGGGCGAGCGCCAGUCCGAAUUUGGCUAACUUGUUGCAUUGA